AUGUUUAAAGGGGGCGUGGACCUGACUGCGGUCGAGCUAAACGCGCUCCCUGAAGCCAGCAUUCGAGCCGACAUAUUGGACUGGACAUGCUCCCAAGGCAACACAUACAAUGACUAUGACGUCCCUGACCAAAUCGUAGGCCUUCGCCCCAUUCCUUCUUCUGAAUGCUCCAUCGCGUCUUGGUCCGAGUCAUUCCUGUUCAAGGCGUUUGAACACCUCUCCCUCGACUUCUCCGAGAAUUACUUCUUCGGCCUGCUCUCCACUUCCAACACCUUUUCGGAAUCUAUGUCUGCCAUGGUUUCAAGCAACGCCCAUGUCGGUGUGGCCGCCUGCAGCGUGACAACGUUUGAGGUUAUCCUCGCACCAGCUUGGAUGCUGACGCCCGGCGAGAACCUGCUUAUUAACAUGUUUGGCACUGGCUUUCUCUCGAACGGCACGGUGGGAGGCGUGGCACAGUACUUCUUCGCGUCAGAGAACAUUGUGACAGACUUCAUGGCCGAGGGCGACAUAGCGGCGUCGGCCAAGGCCACGCUAUUCAACCUCGUUUCAGCGGCCGGGGGUGCUUCUGGGCACAUGGACGUCAACGCGCAUUUCAAUGAAACAUUGGCAUUCAGCUUUUCGCGCGCUUUUGGCGGUGAUGUGUCCCCAUUUGGAAAGCAGCAGCAGUGGCAGACCUGGGAGAAGAGCGUGUUUGACCACCCCAGCGUGGUGCAAGUGCAGACGCAGAACCUCUCCAGCCUAGUGCUGCAGUGGCACGAGGACUGCGGGCAACAACUUGCACUCGCAGAGCAGAACUACAACCUGCGCGCCUUCCUGGGUUCCCAGGUCACGCAGUUGCUGCAGCUGAUCUCCAAGUACCUGACGUCCCAGCAGUGGCCCACGUGUGAGUUUGGGCCAAACUCCACGCAUUGCCUGCCACACAAUCUUGUUAACCAGAGCAGCGCACUCCAGAGCAACAUCAAGCAUGUGCUCAGCAGCAAGCCCGUGACGCCACUCGGUACCGCGUUCCUCAUCGCUGCAGAGGUGAUUCGCCUGGUGAAGCAGGUCCCAUAUCCAGCACCGAAACGUACCCAUUCACAGUGGAAGUCCCAGCACUCGGGCGCCAUCUCCAACGCAGCGUUUUGCGGCUUGGCACAGGCGCAGGUUGGCUUUGACACGUCCGUUGGCAACCAGGGCAUCUCAAUCGCCCCAGCAACGUGGGGAGCAAGCGGUGGCUACACGCGGUGGAACUACAACUCAGGCAGCAACUAUGGCUUCGGCGCCACCAACUGCAUUACGUACACGAGCGCACAGGACAUGGCUGUGGGCGACAGCGACUAUAACGUCACGGUGAUUGACACUCACAGCGCCAGCACGCUGCAGCUUGGCGCCUACUGGCUCUGUGUUCCGGCCACGUUUCAAUCUGGGUUCGAUUCCAUCGUCGGAGAUGCCGACCUGUCCGUCACGGUGGAUGGCAACGGCGUGUGGACGUACCAGCAGCAUGGCCACAAGCCUGACAUGUCCACUGUUAUCUGCGCCAAGCACUCGAUGCCGAACGUGCCAGAAAAUGUGGUUCAAUACACGAGCGUGCACGACGGGCAGGUCGUCGACAAGCACUUUGUGUGCUGGCUUGGCGGGUUGCAUUAUGGUCACAACUCGAACAUUGGCAACCAAUUCGCCGCCAUCCAGCAGAAUAAGGACGGCACGUGGACCUACACCAACACUCAGCAUGAGCCAGCCACCAUUACUUGCGUUGGCUGA